AUGAACAAUGUGAUUUUCAAAUUUAGUAGGGAGGAUCUUAUUUCUCAAGAUAAGGGAAGCGACCAAGAGAAAGAAGAUGAUCUUGAAGUAGCAACUGAGGAAGAAGAGGAGAAUGAAGAAGCGGGAGAAAAAGAUAAGCAUGAAAAUGGAACCGGAGAAGAAGAUAAGCAUGAAGAAGAAACCGGAGAAGAUAAGCACGAAGAACAAAAUAGAGAAGAAGAUAUUCAAGCUGAAGAAAAGGACGUUGAAGGAAGAGGAGACAGAGAUAAUGAAGUAAAUGAGCACGAAAAAGAGAAAUCAAAUUUUGAGGUUGAGAGAGAAGAGGAGUUCCUACAUCAAGAGAAGGAAAAAGAAGACCCCAUUGAGAAGAAUACUCGUGAGGCACGUGAGGAGCAGUACAAGGGAGAUGAUGCUUCUAGUGCUGUCACACAUGAUGCGCAAAGUACAAGUACUGAAAAUGAUAUUGGGAACACCAGAAACCAACUAAAUAUUUUAAAAAAUGAAAAAAAAGGCAAUUGCACGGAGGAUGUUCAUAAUUCUACAGUACUGAAUUCUCAUGAAGUGGAAAUAUUUGGGAAUGGAACUUCAGGAUCAGAUGAAGAAAAGAAUCUCGAAGUAUUUGAUUUAGUUUCUCAGAUUAACACAACUCUUGCUUCUCUUACCGGCUUCGAGUCUAAUGAUCAACAACGAUCAUCAAUAUUACAGAUACUAAUGGCUCAUCUAACAGGGUUCAGAAGAUCCACAGAUUCCUCCACGAAAUCUGGGCUUGACAACAUCAAGAAUGUUGACAAGUCCGAUGUAUCUGCCGAAAGCAAAGAUAGCUCUGACUCUUCUGUACUCGAGGAAACCUCCAAUGACUUGAAGAGUGAGGAUCAAGACAAUAUCAAAGAAACAGAUGAAGUACAAUACGAAUCCACUGAGGCCUCUGAUCCAACUUUGGAGGACAAAGAAAAUCACAUUGAUCUUGAUACCUUACCAGAGAUUAGAACAGAGGGAAGAAACAGUGAAGAGGUAGCUGAAGACUGA